GCUGUAUGUGGAGUUUAUAAUAUUAUUCCUAUAACUAAAAAGCUGUUAAUUCCAAUUUUUCACUUUUAUACAUUUCAUUAAUUUAAAUUUUCUUUGGUUUAUACUUUAGUGGUUUAAGUUUAUUUGCAUUAAUUCUCCAGCCCUGGAGAGUCUGUGGGUUGUAAGCAGUUCACAGCAGUUUACCAAAGCAGUGCAGACUUGAAGAAAAAAGAAAGGUCUGACGUCAACUGCCUCUAAAUCAUCCCUGAGUUCCCCUAAGCUGGUCAAAGGCAAGUCCGAAACGAUGCACUGUGUGUCACAUCAUUAAACAUCUGAAUUACAGACAGAACCAGCUGCUCACAUUGAAGUCGACUGAAAGUCAACCGGAAGUUCAGCUAUGCAGACUACAACAGUUGAGCAAAUUCUUGCCAACCUAUCGACAAGUGGCCACAGCAAUGGAAGUCAUACCCAUAAGGAGCCCUACCUACAUAAACUCGCGCACCUCGACGAAGCUCUCUACAAUGAUUACUACAGUCUGUGGCUCGCCCUGAUGAUAAUUAAUGUUCUCAUAUUUGUAGUUGGCAUUGUCCUCAACAGUGUGGCAUUGUAUGUUUUCUGCUUUCGUACCAAGACUAAAACAACAUCUGUCAUCUACACCAUAAACCUGGUGAUCACAGAUUUGAUGGUGGGUUUCUCCUUACCGACCAGGAUAAUAAUGUAUUGCAGUGGCGGCAAAUGCUUGACCUGCUCAUUUGUACACAUUUUCAGCUACUUUGUGAACAUGUACUGCAGCAUUCUCUUCCUAACCUGUAUCUGUGUAGACAGAUACCUUGCCAUCGUCCAGGUUGAAGCGUCACGCAAGUGGAGGAACCCCUACUACGCCAAAGGGAUUUGCGUCUUUAUUUGGCUCUUUGCCAUUAUUGUCACCUACUCUAUCCUUUCCACAGCAAUCAAGUACGCUGCGUGUUGUCUGUCUAAGCUCUUUGCUCUGACUGUAUUUGAGUAUUUUCUGCCUUUACUAAUCAUCACAGUCUUCACCAUUAGGAUCAUGUGCGCCCUUGCCAAACCAAACUUAAUGCAGCAGAGCAGAGAAAGACGUAUGAGAGCUGUCCAGCUUCUAAUCACUGUCCUAAUUAUUUUCAUGAUAUGCUUUACACCCUUUCAUGUUCGUCAAGUUGUGAUCUACAUCAAACCUGAUAUCCCGCUGCAUACCAGCCUAAUCGUAUACCACGUCACGGUGACCCUCAGUAGCCUCAACAGCUGUUUGGACCCAAUUGUCUAUUGCUUUGUCACUAACAACUUCCAAUCCACGAUGAGGAACAUCUUUGUCAAGACUGACCCUGAACAAAUCAGCGGAGAUAUAAUCAGCAUGCAGAAAAGCUCCAAGGUAACCUCAGUGAAGUAAGUGUGUGCAAACGUGACAAGGAAUGACUGUGUACUGAACAGUGAACAAUAAACAGAACAUGAAGCAUCGCUUCAGAUACAAAGAUGGGGACUUUAACGUGUUAUAAGUUUUUUUUUACUUUGGGGCUUGUUUAAUUUCAUGUUUUGAUGUUCAUAAUACAACAUUUUGUACAGUUAAGGUGAAAUUUAUUCAUGGUCUUCUUUACUAGACAAUGAUGACAGACAUGCUUUCUUCAGUUUAGGUAACGUUCCAUUAGUUGUAAGACUAUAUGGCAUUGGCUGGCAAAGAAAAGAGAAACAAAGUCACAAUGUUUGCUUCAUUAUUUUAUAAUACAGGAGAAAAAUCCUUGGGCUUCAGCCAAAUGCAAUGGAAAAACCUUUGUUCUCCUUGUAAAAACAGACUUUUUCAGAGAUAAAUCAGCAGUAUUUAUAUACCUGUCUGUUCCAUUUUCCCAUUCUUAUUGCCUCACUUCUUGUGAUGCGUUGAAUAUAUUUUGUAAAAUUUCCUGAUUUAUUAACCUCAUUGUAAUGUAGCCACUGGAGUUGUCAUUGAGUAGACAAGAUGAAGACUGACACAUUCAGACCUCCAUUUUCUGAGCCUGGUGUUUCUGAUGUGUACUAUAAUGAAAGGGCUAUAUUGCAUAUUGGGAAAGAACAAU